AUGACGUUUCAACCGCUGAACCCGAAGCCUUUCUUGAAUGCUUUGACUGGGAAGUUGGUCAUCGUUAAACUGAAGUGGGGUCACGAAUACAAAGGCUUCUUAGUAUCCGUCGAUGGAUACAUGAAUUUACAACUUGACAAAACGGAGGAAAUCAUCGACGGAUCGCCGACGGGAAACCUGGGAGAAGUUCUGGUCCGAUGCAAUAACGUGUUAUACGUUCGCGGAGUGGAAGAUAUGGGCGAAGAAGGGGAGAUGAUGCAGUGA